AGAAGCCUUGACAGAGCUCGUCAACUCUGAGGAGAGAAACACAAGACAAGAAACAAACACUAUGUUUCUUACAAGAAAGUUUUUCGGGAUCCUUUUCAGUCUCUCACUGAAUCUAUGGCUCUGUGAGACUGCAAGUGUAAUAAUUUUGGAUCAACAAGAAGCAUCAGAUAUUAAACCGGCUGAUAUCAAUCUUGAGAAAGCAUAUGCCGCUCGAAGCUGCAAAGAACUUCAGAAAAAGUAUCAUGUUAAUGAUGAUGGCCUGUACUAUCUGAACUCCUCCAGAGGCGUCCUGUACCAGACCUUCUGUGAUAUGACCACUGCGGGCGGAGGCUGGACGCUGGUCGCCAGUGUUCAUGAGAACAACAUGUACGGAAAGUGCACUGUUGGUGAUCGCUGGUCUAGUCAGCAGGGCAGUGAACCGAACCGGCCUGAUGGUGAAGGGACAUGGGCAAACACGGUCAUAUUUGGAACUGCAGACGCCUCUACAAGUGAUGAUUAUAAGAAUCCUGGAUACUUUGACAUCCCAGCACAAGAUGUGUCCGUGUGGCACGUUCCUAAUAAUAUGGAGGUGGAAUCCUGGAGCGCUUCCUCCAUCCUGCGAUACCACACCGAAAAUCACUUCCUAACUCUCCACGGGGGAAACCUUUACAAUUUAUUCAAGAAAUUCCCGGUGAGGUUUGGCAUAGGGGCAUGCAUCACUGAUAAUGGACCUGUUAUUCCAGUAGUGUAUGACAACGGAAAUGCGGAGUACAACAGAAAUCUCUAUGGUCCCCAUUCUAGAGCAAUUUCUCAGCCUGGAUUCAUCUCAUUCAGAGUCUUCAAUGUUGAAAGGGCCGCCAGUGCUCUUUGCUCAGGUGUCAAACCAACCGGCUGCCACACUGAACAUUUCUGUAUUGGUGGAGGUGGACACUUUCCUGAGUCCCCUAGGCAGUGCGGGGACUUUGCGGGAUUCGACUGGGACGGAUAUGGCACUAAUGUGGGAUGGAGCACUUCUAAAGAGAUUACUGAUGCAGCCGUGCUUCUCUUUUAUCGCUGACACUCACAGCAAUCUGAGAUCGCCAGCAUCCUUUCCUUCUUUCCAACAUAUUCCACAUUAAUUAACACCUGAGUUUCACAUACACAAUUAUUUGAUCAAAUGUAUUUCUUUACGAUAUAUAUCCAGCGGUUGUCAAUUAUACUGUUCAGACAUCAGAUUAAAAAUGUACUUUAGUUUGACUUCUAGUCUACAAGAUACUUUGACAAUGUUUUAAAAAAACUAA